UCGAUCCGACUCCGCUGCGAUCUGAAAGCGCCACACGCCUAUCUCUACGUCUCGCCCUCCGAUAUCGACCUUUCGAUCCGAUUUCCGCUUGAUCCAACCGACAUCUCUGUACCUGCAUUCGCGCUCGCCCGAUUUCGCUAAAGAUGGCCGACAGAACCCUUGCCAACCAACUGCAAUCCACCCACAUCUCCUCGGCCGGUGCCAGCAAUGAUACCAAUGACUGGAAGAGUCAGCUCUCACUACCGGUCAGAGACAGCCGUCCAAAGACCGAGGAUGUUACCGCCACGAAAGGAAACGAGUUUGAAGACUACUUUUUGAAACGCGAGCUGCUCAUGGGCAUCUUCGAGGCUGGCUUUGAGCGCCCCUCGCCCAUCCAAGAAGAAUCCAUCCCGAUCGCCCUCACCGGCAGAGACAUCUUGGCCAGAGCCAAGAACGGCACAGGAAAGACCGCUGCCUUCAUCAUUCCCGUCCUGGAGAAGAUCGUUGUCACCAAAAACUCGCUCCAAGCCCUCAUCAUCGUCCCAACGCGUGAACUGGCGCUGCAAACUUCCCAGGUCUGCAAAAACCUUGGCAAGCACAUGAACAUCCAGGUCAUGGUGACCACAGGUGGAACGGGUCUGAAGGACGAUAUCCUCCGUUUGGGACAAAGCGUCCACAUUCUGGUUGGUACACCAGGCCGUGUUCUCGAUCUGGCCAGCAAAGGCAUCGCCGACCUGAGCACCUGCUCGGUCCUGGUCAUGGACGAAGCCGACAAGCUCCUGUCUUCCGAAUUCCACCCCAUCAUCGAACAGCUCAUUUCCUUCUUCCCGUCCAACCGACAAAUCCUGUUGUACUCUGCCACCUUCCCGAUGAUUGUGAAAAGCUUCAAGGACAAGCACCUGAACCGCCCUUACGAAAUCAAUCUCAUGGACGAACUGACCUUGAAGGGUGUCACCCAGUACUAUGCCUACGUCGAGGAGCGCCAAAAAGUCCACUGUCUGAACACCCUGUUCUCCAAGCUUCAAAUCAACCAAUCCAUCAUCUUCUGCAACUCAACCAGUAGAGUAGAGCUUUUGGCCAAAAAAAUCACCGAGCUUGGUUACUCCUGCUUCUAUAUCCACGCCAGGAUGCUUCAGGCACACCGCAACCGCGUCUUCCACGACUUCCGAAACGGCAAGACCCGCCACCUUGUCUGCUCUGAUCUUUUGACUCGUGGUAUCGAUAUCCAGGCUGUCAACGUCGUCAUCAACUUUGACUUUCCCAAAAAUGCCGAGACCUAUCUGCAUCGUAUCGGUCGAUCCGGACGAUUCGGCCACCUGGGUCUGGCCAUCAAUCUCAUCACCUACGAGGACCGAUUCAAUCUCUACAAGAUCGAACAAGAGCUCGGUACCGAGAUCGCUCCCAUUCCCCCGGUCAUCGACAAAACCCUCUACGUCGCGCCCUAAGCGACUCGCUCUGGAGCAGCACAACACAAAACCCGCUCCUUUGGGGACGGUCUACCGCAUUCCAUGGCGUCGGGGAUGUCGGUGGUAAGCCUGCCGCUGCGACCUGGUUCUCUUUGUGUUUAUGGCCGGUGUGCCGUCGUUGACUUGGUCAAUGCCAGCGCAGCCGCGCAUGAUGACUGAACGGUGUUUUAUCUCUCCUCUCUUCUCCUUCCCUGCU